UAAAUCAGUACUCAUCUGUAAAUCAUAGUGAAUAUACAAUGAACAUUCUGCUUUUGAUUUGCUUGCUAUCGGCAAGCGCCUGCUUCUGCAAGCCCUCGGAUGGGUUUCCAUAUGAGGCUGAAGAUUAUUCCUACGUUCAAGCUGUCGAUGGUUUGUUGAAGGAUGAGCGUUUAGAGGACAGUUAUGCUAAGUCAGAGGAGCAAUUCGUGGCUGAUCCGCAGAAUUCCGGAGAUCUCAAAAAUUUGCUGCCAUCGAGCUCAGAAAGCCUGGAUCUAAGACAAGCUGAAGAACAAAGCGGAGAUUGGGGAACACAAGAGAAUUGCCGCAAGGAGAUGAGCGGUCUUUAAUAGUACAGCGCCCUCCCUCAGCUGAACACAGAACAGAAGAACAGGGUUCAUCUCAAAGUCCCCAUGGACAAGAUCAGCGUCCGCCAGAAGGACCAUUUCAAGGAGGACCAUAAGCCCAAGAUGCUUGAGUGGAGAUUGCUACAAAUACUGUAGAUAUUAACUUCAACAUUAACUUGUAAACAAUCAAAAUAGCUCCUACAGCAAAAAGAUAAGUGAGAAUAAAGAAAAUUUUUCAUUAAUAA